GGUCCUCGCCACUGCCCAAGCCUACAGACACAGAUAGGCCACUGCACACUCCUCCAGUCCUUUAACAGGCAGAAUAAAACCUAUGUUCUACAUUCAAGUAAAUAUAUCUCCUCUGCAAUGUCUUCAACAAAAACUGGAGUAAGAAAAGGAAACCAGCAUAAAAUUGUUCAAGUCAUUGUCUUCUUUUCUGAAGACUGGAUAUCUAUAAUACACGGGACUUAUUAUAACAGGACGUUGGAUUUCCAGUCUGGUCUGCAAUCAUAAGUCCAAAGGAAGAGGAGGAAAUUCUACUUGGACUCCAACGUUGGAAAUGCGCUCAAGAAGUAAUAGCUUGGAAAGCUCAUCCAAAACUAAAAGGUUGCAUCAACAAGCAAGGUUACACCAUCGAAAUUCUGAAAGGGACGAGUCAUACUUGGGAACAAUUAAAAUGAACAAUCGAAGAGAAAGACUCUUUAUGGAGGAGGCAAGAACUGUUUUGCGAAAUCAUAAAACCAGGACAUCAUCUAAAAAACACGAAGAUCUUUCUCGAGAUGACCUAUUGUUCCUGCUCAGUAUACUUGAAGGUGAAUUAGAGGCCCGUGAUGAAGUAAUAACUGUACUAAAAGCGGAUAAAAUUGAUUUGGCACUUCUGGAAGCACAGUAUGGCUUUGUUAUGCCAAAAAAGGUGCUACAAGCUCUCCAACGGGACACAAUCCAAGCAAAAGCAGACUCACUGCAGGAGGACAUCUAUGAAAAACCAAUGGUCGAGCUCGACAAGCUGGUUGAAAAACAGAAAGAGACCCACAGACGGAUGUUAGAGCAACUCCUUCUGGUAGAAAGAUCUCACAGACAGACUGUAGAGGAAUUGGAGGAUGAGAAAAAGAAGCAUGUGGACUAUAUGGAAAAGAGUGAUGAAUUUACCAAUCUCCUUGAACAAGAACGUGAACGAUUGAAAAAGCUAAUUGAUCAAGAAAAGGCCUACCAAGUGAAAAAGGAUCAAGAAAAUGUCAAAAAAAUUACAAAGCUAAAGGAAGAGCUUACCAAGCUGAAAUCAUUUGCAUUGGUACUGGUAGAUGAACAGCAACGGCUUUCAGAGCAACUUAACCAACAGAAUCAAAAAGUUCAAGCUCUAUCAGUCACUGUGCAGCAAGCUCAGGAGAAAUUAACAGCCUCAGAGGAAAAGACAACAGAAGAAGAAAAUAAAGUGUUUGCUCUUGAAAUUGAGCUGCAAACCCAAUCUAGUCAAUUUUAUCAAGAGCAGGAAACAAUAAUGGCCAAAUUGACCAAUGAGGAAAGUCAGAAUCGACAGCUUCGUCUAAAACUCGCCACACUCAGCCGACAGAUAGAUGAACUGGAGGAGACUAAUAAGUCACUGAAGAAAGCAGAAGAGGAACUGCAGGAUUUAAGGGAAAAAAUAAACAGAGGGGAAUGUGGGAAUUCCAGCUUGAUGGCAGAAGUGGAAGAGCUGCGGAAGCGGGUGUUAGAAAUGGAAGGAAAGGAUGAGGAACUCUUAAAAAUGGAGAAGCAGUGCAAGGAUCUCAAUAGAAAGAUAGAAAAGGAAGAAAGCCACAGCAGGAACCUAAAAACUGAGGUAGAAAAAUUAAAGAAGAGAAUAAUGGAAUUGGAAAAAUUAGAGGAUGCCUUCAGUAAAAGUAAACAAGAAUGUUAUGUGCUUAAAUGUAAUCUAGAAAAAGAGAAGAAUUUAACAAAGAAAUUAGAAAAUGAACUAGAAACCUUAAAAGUUAGAGUCAGGGAGCUUGAAGCAAUUGAAAACAAGCUGGAGAAAACGGAAUUAGCCAUGAAGGAGGACCUAAGCAAGCUUAAAACAUUAACUGUGAUGUUGGUUGAUGAAAGAAAAAACAUGGCUGAGAAGAUGAGACAAACAGAGGAUAAAUUUCAAAAUGCAAAUACCCAACUUCAAAUAGAGGAAAAUAAAGUUACAGUUGUGACAGAGAAACUAAUUGAGGAAAGUAAAAAGGCACUCAAAUCCAAAGCAGAAUUGGAAGAGAAAACAUACAGCUUGACCAAAGAAAGAGAUGAGCUUAAAAAGAAGCUAAAAGUGGAGGAAGAGAGAGGAAAUGAUCUUCAGUCCAAGUCCAACCUCUUGAAGAAAAGACUCCAGUCUCUUGAAGCAAUAGAAAAGGAGUAUCUCAAAAACAAAGGAAAACAAGACUUUGAGAAAUCUCCUAAACAUAUACAACAGGAUAAUAAUAAAGUAAGAGAAUUAACUUGUGAGGUUGAAAGACUUAAGCGCAAAUUGAAAGAUAUGCAGGUUGUAGAAGAUGAUCUAAUGAAGACAGAGGAUGACUUUGACUUACUGGAGCAUAGGUAUUACAAUGAACAACAGGAGGUAAAAUUAUUGUCAGGGGAGCUUGAGGCCGUGAAGAAGGAAUUAGCCAGAUAUAAGCUUGUGGAAAAAGCUGAAUCAAGCAAUGAACAAAAUCUGUUUGACAAACUCAGUGAGGAACAGGCAAAAUCUAGCCAUCUAACAAGAGAAGUGGAAGCCCUCAAAGACAAGAUUCAUGAAUAUAUGGCAACAGAAGACUUACUAUGUCAUUUUAAAGCAGAACAGACAUCACUGCAGAAAAAGCUGACUCAACAGGAAAACCGAAACAAAGAACUAUCAAGAGAAACUGAAAGUCUUACCAAAGAACUGGAGAGAUAUAGACGGUUCAGCAAGAGUCUUAGACCUGGCAUGAAUGGCAGGAGAUUAAGCGAAUUACAGCUGUGCUCGAAAGAGAUCCAAACUGAUGCACUGGAUAGUGAACCACCUGACUAUAAGAGCCUUAUUCCUUUAGAAAAAGCAGUUGUAAAUGGAAAGAUAUGUACAGAGAGUGAAGAAACCGAUUACAGUUCUCAAGGUGAUCAAUCCUUGCAAGUGAACUACAAUUCAUUAACAGUAAAUAGUGUCAAUAAUAAAAAGUCAUGGACACCAUGGAUGAAGAGCAAGGAAACGUGUGCACAAAAUGGCAAAGCUGUAACCAAACAUAAUGGAAAUCUGGUGCAGCCUGGUGAAAUGGUGCUUACUCAGAAACCAGGCCAGCCUCUUCAUAUAAAAGUAAUGCCAGACCAUGGGCACAGCACAGCUACUCUUGAAAUCACUAGCCCUACUUUAGAAAAUUCAUUCUCUUAUACGAGUACAGCAGUCAUCCCCAACUGUGGUGUUCCAAAGCAAAGAAUAACCAUUCUUCAAAAUGCCUCAAUCACACCUGUAAAGUCAAAGCCAUCAGAUGGGUACUCCACUCCAGAACGUGCCCUGACACCCCUUUCGAGGACUACAAAGCUGAAAUCGAGAAUUUCAGAUUCAUGUGGCUCAAUGACUUCAGAAAGGACAAUGUCACCAGUACAAAUUGUUGCAGUAACUGCAAGCUCACCUGAACAAGCUCUGUGCACUGAACCAAUGGAAGUUGCUACAGCUCAUACAAUCUUCAGAGUAUCGCCUGAAAGAAUACAAGGGCGUCAGAUACAAAAGUCAAAUACAAGUCCUAAUGUAAUUACAACUGAAGACAAUAAAAUCCAUAUUCACUUAGGUAAUCCCCACAUUCAAACAGCUAUACCUGUCUCAAGACCAAUGAGCCCAUGCAGUUCAAUCCAGGAGAUCAGGACUCCAGCUAUAACUAAUGGGACACCAAAUAAGUCAACCAGUAAAAUCACCAGCAGUAUUACUAUUACACCAACAACCACUUCUGCCCCACGUCAUGCACAAAUUACAGUUGCUCAGGAGCAUGCAGUUCGGCAUUCAAUUCCAACUCGCAUCCCUAAACCAAGAUCCAGUACAAUAAAGUUGUUUAGGACACCUCAAAGACUUAUCUCGAAAUCUGAGCUACAGUCAGAAACUCAACCUGUAAGAAAACAGGCAACAAGUGUUACGUCUAAUUUCAAUAUGCCAGCUACUUCUGGCAAAAUGUAAAGUUUUUGAUUGCAAACAAAGUAACAAGGUGCUAAAGGAUGCAAAGUCUUUUGUAUUCACUUCGAUGUACAACAGAAGCAAAUUCCUUGAGUUUUCCACUUUGUGCGAAAACAGCUGUGACAUUCUGUCAAAAAAUCUGAAUAACUCAAAUGUAUAAAUGCUAACUCUGGAGAGUCCUACAGUAUACGAAGUUUAUCACGAAGCUGAGAAGAGAAGAAAAGUGAACUAUAUCAUUCUAGUUUUAGGAAAUGACACAAACGAUAUGGGAGAGAUGCUCUUUAGAGGAUCAGUGCGGACCUGAUGGGCAAAAUGGCCUGUUUCCAUACCAAAGGUAUUCUAUGAUUCUAUUAUUGGCAUCUUAUAUUUCAUUCCAAUACAAAUUUAUCUCAAAUGUUUCCAAACAAUUCAAACAAGGAUAGAAUUUAAUGUUGUUCCCUGUACUGAGUUUAUGGCAAGGGGGUGAGACAAUAAUAAGCAAGCAGGGGGUCAGUGCCUUCCCAGCACUACCCUAUUAUGUUGUGGCUAAAUGAAUAACUAAUUCCCACUUAAGGCCCUCAUCCCCCUGCUGUCGUAACAUAUUUCAUUUCAUGCAAGACGUUCAAAAAAGAUUGCUUGUGGGGUCCUGUGGAGGUGGGGGUGCGAGCGGUGGGUCCCCUUUUCAAAAGUACUCAGUGCAAGCAAACCAGCAUGGAAACGGGUGAACAACUGAGAGAAGCCUCUUGUCCUGGUUGCUGAUGCUCCUUCCCCACAAGCCCCAACCCACAAACACAAACUAUCUGGUUGAUUCAGUGAUGUUAGGCCUGACACGGGCAUAGUUCCAGCAGCAGCUACCUUCUCUGCGGUGGCACUGCCAAGAUAUCAAAAAAAGAGCUGGCCACCUCAAACUGUGCAGCAUCUCUCAAGAUGCAGAAUUUCUGCACCUAAGGAGACCUGCCUGACUGUCAGGUAAUUCAUCAGGCCUUUGUGAGAAGAAGGCACAUGGUCUCUCACCACCUUCAUUGCCAGCAAGUGAUAACAUGUCUUCUCCUUUAAAUAUCAAUUUUAAAGCAGGAUUUCCAACAUAAUUUUUUUACAACUGGAAAUACUCAGACAACUCUAUUUAAGCAAAAAACUUAGGGCAAUAUGAAUUUUCUAAAAAAUGAAUAGAGAUUUUUAAAAAUGCACUUAAUAGGACAAAUAAGACGCUAAUACACAUUUGGACCAGUGAAGUUGUUUUGCCAAGGAACAGGAAAGUUUUAAAUUAAGAUUCUAAAGUGACCUCAAUGUGGAUAAUGAAAAAUUGUCUAUGGUUCAAUUCAUCAAUUCACAACAAUGGUUCU